AUGGCCGCCUGUGUGGCCGUCACUACGACCUCGAAACCUGUGCUGGAGUUGAUGACGCUGUGGUCCGUCGUCCACGAAGCCAUCAACGAUGAAUUCAUCGAGAAAGCUGAGAAGAUGUUGGAGUCGAUAGCUGCAACUGCACGAGAGACUCUCAACGCAAAAGCCAUCGGUGAACUGUUGGUAGCGGUAGUAUCAUCGUCGGCUGACCUGGCCUCCGCGAUAAGCCGUGAACUGCGUGAGGCUAUUCACGCCUUAGCUGAUACUGGAACACCAUUCACAGCUGAAGUAAGUGCUGAGCUUCAGCAACAUCUCCAUGACACUCUGUCGGAAGAACAAUGGGCGGAUUUGUGCUUGCGCUUGACUGAGGCUACUACGAAACAAUGGGAGGCUCUGGCUGAAGCUGCAACUAAAGUGGUGGACGCGACGACCGAAGGCACCACAGAGGCUAUCAAGGUCUACAACUCGCCGUUGGGUGGAGCCAUCGUUUCCCAGGGACUUGGAGGACUAGAUGGCGUCUUCGCACAGAGUCGGGAGGCGGUGGAUGCAGCGUUGGACGCUCUGCGUGCAGGCGGAAUCGCCACGGUUGGCACUAUUGCCGCCUUCUUAGCGCGUGCUGGACUUCCGCAGCUGCUUCGACUGGAAAUCGCGCGUGAUUAUUUUCAAACUGUUGGUCUGUUCUUCGGUGGGUUGUACGCCGCUGCGCUUGACUACAUUGACCAGAAGUUCUGGUUGCGGCUGGCGAUCUUGUCACCACAUCAGGCAGCACGGAUUUCUAUGCUACAACCUGCCAGUGCGAGGUCGCGUCAGCAGGGACAGCUAGCGCGACCCAACAGCUGGAUGGCUCAGGACUCGAGUGCGUACAGCUAG